GCUGGCGACAGCUCUGAAACCGCUGAUGUCCAGCAGCCGGGGGCCACUGGAGGAAGAAACUGUUCGGCACCUUGGUGGAGUGGAACUUCAGUGUGGCAUUUGUGUCAAAUGGUUCUCAGCAGAGACCUUUGGACUUGACACCACCUCGUGCCUUCCAUUCAUGACCAACUACAUCUUCCACUGCAACAUGUGUCACCACAGUGGGAACACGUAUUUCCUCCGAAAACAAGCCAAUUUAAAGGAAAUGUGUCUGACAGGCCUUGCGAAUCUAACCUGGCGUUCUCGGACCCAGGAUGAGCAUCCCAAAACCAUGUUCUCGAAGGACAAGGAUAUUAUACCUUUCAUUGACAAAUACUGGGAAUGUUUGACAACCCGACAGCGACCAAGCAAAAUCACUUGGCCAAACAACAUUGUGAAGACCAUGACGAAAGAGCGGGAUGUGUUUCUGGUCAAGGAGAAUCCAGAUCCAGGCAGCAAGGAUCCUCAAGAAGACUACCCCAAGUUUGGUCUGCUCGACCAGGAUCUUUCCAAUAUUGGUCCAGCAUAUGAUACACAGAAGCAAGGUGGCUCCUUGACCCCAGGAAGCAAUCUCAAUGGUGGACCCACAUUUGCAGGGCGUCUCACUGGUGCGGCAUGCAGUGACGGGACUGGGGGCCGGGCCCGUGACACUACGCAAGGUGGCACUGUCGGUGGGAGCGGGAAAGGAAGAGGAGCGAAACGUAAACAGGACGGAACCUCGGGAGGGACUGCCAAGAGGACCCGAAGUGACCCGCUGUUUGCUGCUCAGCGCCUGCCCCCACAUGGCUAUCCCCUGGAACAUCCGUUCAACAAGGAUGGUUAUCGGUAUAUCCUGGCAGAGCCUGAUCCACAUGCCCCAGAUCCUGAGAAACUAGAGUUGGACUGCUGGGCUGGUAAACCCAUCCCUGGGGACCUGUACAGGGCGUGCCUGUAUGAGAAGGUUCUUCUGGCACUGCACGAUCGAGCUCCUCAGCUCAAGAUCUCGGACGAUCGACUGACCGUGACGGGAGAGAAAGGUUAUUCCAUGGUGCGGGCCUCUCACGGGAUCCGGAAAGGAGGCUGGUACUUUGAGAUCACUGUGGACGAGAUGCCUGCGGAAACGGCUGCGAGACUUGGCUGGUCACAGCCAUUAGGCAAUCUCCAGGCACCUUUGGGCUAUGAUAAGUUCAGUUACUCGUGGCGGAGCAAGAAAGGGACCAAGUUCCAUCAGUCGAUAGGCAAACACUACGCCAAAGGCUAUGGGCAAGGAGACAUCCUUGGGUUUUACCUGUAUCUUCCUGAGGACACAGAGGCUGCCCGUGCACUGCCAGACACCUACAAAGAUAAGGCAUUGAUUAAAUUCAAGAGUUACUUGUAUUUUGAGGAAAAAGACUUUGUGGAUAAGGCUGAGAAGAACCUCAAACCAGCAACAGGCAGUAAGAUGAUAUUUUUUAAGAAUGGAGAUAAUGAGGGAACUGCCUAUGAAGAUGUGUAUGCUGGAGUGUACCAUCCUGCAAUUUCUUUGUACAAGAACUGCACUGUGUCAAUCAAUUUCGGGCCAAACUUCAAGUAUCCUCCAAAAGACAUUCCGUUCAAACCAAUAAGUGACAUGGGCUGGUACGCUGUUGUGGAGCACACACUGGCAGACAUUCUUUACCAUGCCGAAGGAGAGGUCGAUGGGCGGCGAAGCCCACCCUGGGAGCCCUAACUCCCUCCGAACUAAGAGAAAACCUGGCUCUCCAGGAACAGCCGAAGGAACCUUGUGCAGCUAAUUUAAAUCCAAAUGAUACUUGAACCGCAAGCAAUCGUGAUGGGCUUGUACAAUCUUGGAGUCAUGUCAAACUGAUUCCAUGGUACUUGGGUUUUGGUGAACCAACCCAAUCCUAUUGCCAGCCAAUUCCACAUAUAGAUCAGUCACAUGGUGCACAAUGCUAGGCUUUACAUGAGCUCUACUCCCCCAUCCACAACCCAGACGUGUUCGUACAGCAUCACAUGAAUGUGAUGAUACAUUUGUGAAGCUGAAUGGGUCCUGCAUUUUUCGGCGUCUUGACUUGAUGACCGUAGCAUUUUGUGAACAGAUCACAACACACGGCACUGGCAGUUCGGCUCAGCUCUGAAUCACAUCAAGCAGCAACAAAAAAUUACAUGAGGUGACACCGUUCCCGAUGGAACUGGGUUGCCCAGUGCUGCUUCCACAACGCAGAUUCGUAAUCAUCAUGAAGUGGGCUGAGAAAGACCACUUGGACAAAAUGGCAUGGGCUAUUGGGGGCCUUGUAUCUUGACAUCAUUAUCCUGUAAUAAAAGCUGGAAAUAAUGUGUG